AACGAUCCAAACCCCCAUGGGAGGCAGCUUCCUUGCUGGCUAAGCUAGCCAAGAAAAAUCAAGGCCACCGCUGCAGGGAGCCUCCUACAAAUUGAGGCCAUUGCUGUUCGUUGUGAUCAGAACGUGCACCCAACAACAGCUUCAUUCAAAUGAAAGCGAUGGCGAUCGACGCAUUGCUGGAGUUGUUCUACGUUCUUGGAGCCCUGGUUGCUCUGUGGCUCACCUGGCGGUCGCUGGAGUGGGCAUGGCUCAGCCCCCGGAGGCUGGGCCGAGCACUACGCGCGCAGGGCCUCCGCGGCACCGCCUACCGCUUCCCCUCCGGCGACCUGGCGGAGGAGGCGCGUCUCCUCGCUGCGGAACGGACCAAGCCGAUGCCUCUGCUGUCGCACGGCAUCAGCAGCCGUGUGGAUCCACUGGUCUACAACACCGUCAAGGAACACGGUAAGGUUUCGAUGUUAUGGGGCGGCCCAACACCGAGAGUGAUCCUCAGUGAUCCCAAGCUUGUCCGGGAAGUGCUGUCCAACAAGUUUGGGCACUUCAGGAAACCAAGGCUGCCCGCCAAUUUUAUCAAGAUGAUUGGCGACGGGCUGUCGAACCACGAGGGCCAGAAAUGGGCCGUUCAUCGGAAGAUAAUCAACCAUGCUUUCCAACUCGAGAAGUUGAAGAGAAUGUUGCCGGCGUUUACUGCCUGCACGAGUGAGCUGAUCAAGAGAUGGGAGGGUAAGAUGGGGUCCAGCAAGGUGCGGGAGAUAGAUGUCUGGCCGGAGUUGCAGGACCUCACCGGCGACGCCAUCUCACGUGCGGCGUUCGGCAGCAGCAUAAGUGAAGGGAGAAGGAUCUUCAGGAUACAAUCAGAGCAAGCUCAACUCGCAAGUCACAUGACAAACCUCUACAUCCCGGGUUACACCUACCUACCUACCAAGGUCAAUAGAAGGAUUAAAGCAAAUGCACGAGAGGUCGAAGGGCUCCUAAAAGGCAUCAUCACAAAGAAGGAGAGGGCCAUGAAGAACGGCCAUGCCAAUGACGAUGACCUACUAGUCAUGCUAAUGCAGUCCAACAUUAAAGAGAGCAAAGAUGGCGGAAGCUCCAAACCAAUGAUGACCGUGGACGACAUCAUGGCCGAGCUGAAACUCUUCUACUUCGCUGGGAUGGAAACAACUUCGGUGCUGCUCACAUGGGCAUUAGUUGUGCUGAGCAUGUAUCCUGAGUGGCAAGACCGCGCGAGGGAGGAGGUCCUGCGUGUUUUUGGGAAGAGAGAACCGGAUCUUGACGGCACACAUCAACUGAAAGUUGUGACCAUGGUACUAUAUGAGGUUCUUAGGCUAUAUCCACCGAUCACAUUGCUAGAACGGGAAACAUACAAGGAGAUGGAACUGGGAGGGAUCAAGUACCCACCUGGAGUAAAACUUUUGUUGCCAGUAGUGACCAUUCAUCACGACCCAGAUAUAUGGGGAGAAGAUGUCGAUGAGUUCAAGCCGGAGAGGUUUGCGGAGGGUAUCUCCAAGGCAUCUAAGGAAGCACCCGCUUUCUUCCCCUUUGGCUGGGGGCCACGGAUCUGUAGUGGCCAGAACUUUGCACUACUUGAGGCCAAGAUAGCACUGAGCAUGAUCCUGCAACACUUCUCGUUUGGGCUUUCGCCGUCUUACACACAUGCACCGUUCCCUGUCUCUACUCUACAGCCGGAUCAUGGGGCGCAGCUCAUGCUCAAGAAGAUUUAACCAUUUUAUUACUUGGCAGAUGUCAGACCAUUACUACUAGACAAAUAGAGCAAAAGACAACUAUACAUGGGUGAAGAAAAAUACUAGUAGGGGAUGUAAUAAUAUACUUUACAUGAGUCAAGACCUCUAGGGAAACUGUUGUGAUACUCCGAAAUAACUAUGGAUUGUUUGAAUGAAUAAUAUUAAAAAAUGUCUGAUAACAA